CGUCGUAGCGGUAAAAAUAGAGACAUGGAUCGGAUCAAGGGGCCGUGGAGCCCCGAAGAGGACGAGGCCCUGCAGAAGCUGGUGGAGAGGCAUGGGCCCAGGAACUGGACGUUGAUCAGCAGGUCGAUUCCGGGCCGGUCCGGAAAGUCAUGCAGGCUCCGAUGGUGCAACCAGCUGUCGCCCCAAGUUGAGCACCGGGCCUUCACGCCCGAAGAGGACGAAACCAUAAUCAGGGCCCAUGCCCGGUUCGGCAAUAAGUGGGCCACCAUAGCCCGGCUCCUCUCCGGUCGAACCGAUAACGCUAUCAAGAACCACUGGAACUCAACCCUCAAGCGCAAGUGCGUAAUGAUCAUGGACGACCAAACCGCCGCCGGUGGUGGUUUCAGCCCGCGGCCGCUGAAGAGGUCGGUGAGUGCCGGAGCGGCGCUGCCGCCUGGUAGCCCCUCCGGAUCGGACGUGAGCGAGUCGAGCGUUCCCGUCGCGGUGUCUCCUUCGCACGUGUUUCGGCCCGUGCCGGUUCGACCGCCGCCUGUGGAAACGACGUCGUCCUCCGAUGACGACGGUCCUCCGACAUCGUUGUCGCUGUCACUACCGGGGGUGGACUCGUUGGAAGUUUCGAAUCGGGUGACGGCGGCGGGGACUAAUUCCGUGCCUUUGAUGCCAGUAACCGACGUAACGGCUCAGGCUACGCCGGCGGCGCAACUGCAAACUCAAGGGAUUGGGUUGGGGGCAGUGAAUUUGAAUGGGGAGUUGAUGGCGGUGAUGCAUGAGAUGAUAAAGAUGGAGGUGAGGAGUUAUAUGGAGCAGCAAAAUGGGAUGUGUUUUCAGGGUGUUGAUGGGUUUAGGAACAUGUCGGUGAAGCGAAUUGGGAUUAACAGGGUCGAUUCGUGAGAAUUAGUGUUGGAAAAAAAAAAUGGGGUUUUGCGACUGAAGAAGAAAUGAUAGAAAAAAAGGAAGCUUUUUUCCUUUUUUUUGUUAAGAAUAAUUUGGGUUAAUGUACAGAGGGAGAGAGAAGCGAAGUGUACAUGGAAAUGGAAUUUCAUCCCUAACAAGCCCACACCGACUAGAGGCUUAGCAUGGAAAAUUUGAGAUUUUCUAAUUUUCAAUGGCUUGUUAGCCUCUUGCUUCCUUGGUCCUGUUCUCUAGGUUUAGUUGGAAAAGAAAAAAGUGGGCUUGGAGAUGGAAAGAGAGAGAAAAAAGGGUGGGAUAAAAAAAAAUGGAAUAUCCUCAAAUUUUCAGUAUUAAGUUCAAUUUAUUUUCUUAUUUGCACAAGCAUAAUGUCAAAUACUUGUUUUGGUUCAAAUCCAAAAUUAGGCAAACAAUCUUUCACGCACCCUCAACAAAAGGAAGUGAGUACUUAAAUUGA